AUGCUAGCUCUUUCCAGGCUUCGCUGUACCCUCCUUCUUGUAACUCUCGCUUUCUUCACCAACGUGGUCACUAGCUCAGAGGCUAUGGAGGUCAAGAUACUGAGCGGAAACUCCGAUCUGCUUGUUACAUCUUCUGCUGAUAAUACCGGUAGUACCACGGCGAAGAGAGUGUUAAGUCAAGCCGUCAAAGCAUCUCAGAAGAGCGCCAACUAUCCCAGCAACGAAUCGGGGUCUAUUGCAGCGGAAGAACGAGGAUGGUUUACCAAACUUUUCGGUAGAAAAAACCACCUCGAGAAAGCUUCGGAGUCAACCUUUACAACGCUUUUGGGCAACGCUGAAGCGAAACUGAAAGCGUUCGAGAGACUGGAAAGAAAAUACGAUGACGCAAGGAAGGCCUAUAUGGCUUUCGAUGGCCUUAAUUUGGAUCCGCAAAGCUCCAAGUGGAAAUUCUUCAAACAAUUUGGUGAUUGGUACGACAAUAGACACUAG